AGCACAGAGACGUCAAUUUCUGUAUUACAGUUAUAUAUCUGCAGUUUUUACAUUGAGUUUAUCCACAAUAUGGAUUUGGAUUCGCUUAAAUAUGCGGAAUUGCAGCGCAUCGCGAAAGAGGUUGGACUGAAAGCAAAUAUGAAGGCUGAAAAGCUGUUGAACGCCUUAAAAGAACACUUUUCUCAACAACAACAACAGCAGACAUCUGAAAAUGGGAAUGAUGCAGCCACCGCGGACGCGCACGAUCCUGUCCCAGCUGUGGACGAGCAGGGCGCGCACACUGCAACGUUUGUGACCGAGCGCCGAGGAAAAGGCCGCACUGCCAAGAGAAAGCUCAGUGACUCCGCACCUGUGACUGCUCAGGCUGAAGAAAAACCAGCACAAGAGGAGAGCCGAAGGGGCUCCAAGAGGAGGAAAGUGUCCUUAGCCAAGGAUACAAAGACUCCAGUUCCACCUGAAACUUCUACUAAAGAAGAUCCUGUGGAGAAAUCUGGGGAAGCCAAUCCAGACUCUGAAGACGCUCCUGCAGAGCCAAGUGUUAAAGGUAAAACAACCUCGUGGGUAAAAUCCCCCCGUCUUGAGGGUCUGAUGAAGAGAAAACCUGCACUGCGGCCAACAACUCCUAACUUCAAGAAACUCCACGAGGCUCACUUUAAAAAGAUGGAAUCCAUCGAUUCGUAUGUCCAAAGGAAGAACAAACAAAUGGACGAGCUAAGGAACUCUGCCAGAGAGCUGAAGACUCUGUCAGAGAAGAUGCUGAUGAAAUCGGUUGAAACAAAGGCUCAAACUAAGGUGCCUGCUAGCAGAGUGUCUCUCUUCAGUCCUGGAGUGCAAGAGAAAAAAACAUUGGCAGAAAAACGGAGGCUCACUCAGCAGACCGCCAGCAAGUCUGCUUUGAAGGACAGCACCACCUUCAGGCCAACUGUCCUCACCACUAACAAAAUCAAUGUCCGGUUCUCGCAGGCCACUCACGAUAACGAAUACAAGCGUUCGCUGAUAAAGACCCCAGCUCGUAUGUCUCCUCUCGUCCCUCUUACCUCUACUCCAGGGAGGAAAUCUGAUGUUCACUCCAAACCUGAACUUAAUAAAAGUAUUGGUGCCAUCAAAACACCUGGAGUUACUCCGUUUGUUUUUAAUGGGAACAACAGUGUGUCAGUCACCCCUGGUGUCACCAAGAAGAACACAUUUGAUCUGAAAGCCAGUCUCUCUCGUCCACUCUCCUACAAACCGCACAAAGGAAAACUGAAGCCUUUUGGACCUCCACAAGAGAAUGCAGCACUUAAUAAAUCUCAGACUGUUCCUUCACACCAGAAAAACUAUAAACAGCACCAAGUUCAAACCAGAGAGGAGAGACGUGCCAAGCACACAGAAGACCGAAAACAAAAGAAAGAGAAGGUGUUGGGUGCCAGACGAGGCCUGGUUAUGGCCUAACUCCAGUGUUUUUACUGUUUUACUAUCUUAGAUAUUUACUGUACAGCUUUUAGCUUUUGUCUUCUUUACUGUUUAACUUUUGUCUUCUAUCUGUUUUAUUCCAAACUUUUGUACAUAUUUUGCUUUUCUGUAAACACUUGUUUUUUUGCUAGAUCAAUAUGCUUAGUAUGAGGUCAUUCAACAAAAGCUUUCAUUUUUUGAAUCCAUUUAUAGAUGAGGAUUUUAUACUUUUUAAAUCAUUUUUGUUAUGUGUAAAAAAGUGUUUGCCCUUGUGCAUUUCUAUUUAGUAUAAAUGGUUUUUUGUACUAGCCUUCAAUUAAAUGUAAAGACAGAAACAGUAAUGUCACUCAAAACAUUGGUCACACAAAAUGUAUAUUAGAAAUUGAGCGAUAUUCAUAAACAUCAUUUUGUACUUUGUCUGUAAUGUGGUCCUUUUUUGUGUGUAUAUAUGUGUGUGUGUAAAAGAUUUCAGCCUUCAAAAAAUACGUCCAGUGAAUAUUUGCAAAA